CUAUGUGCAUUACCCACUAUACUUUAUGAACCGUCCAAGCGUGCACGCACUUUCUAUUUGCGUUUCUUGCUGAAUUCGUUGACUCAUGGGAGACAUGACAAACAAAAUAUAGUCUGUCUGCCUGAAAACCGACGGCAUAAGUUGGGUAGACCAUUAAGGGUUUGCAGUAAACUUCGAUGUAAAGAGUACAUUUACGAGAAGGGGUGAAGAAAGUACGAGGAUUUAAACAGGAUACUGUGUCAUCAGUCAUAGUUUUUAUUACACGGACGAGAUGGAGAUAAGAUGUCGUUGCUGUUUCUUACUAUUGGUGUUAUCCGUGGAAGUGUCAUCACAAGACCCUAUUGAGUUGACAGAUGUCCGCUUGUACACAGAGGGCGGGCUUCUCUUUGGCGGCGCUGUGGAGGUGCGCACGCCCAACGGCUGGGAGCGAGUUUGCUACGACGGCUUCGACUCGCAAAUGGCCGAUGUCGUCUGUCACAAGCGAGAUUUCGAUGAGGGUGCUAUGGCCGUCCGAUCAUCAGCCAGCCUCGGGAUAGAAGUCAACCCACUACCUUCGUUGGCGUGUCAGUUCACCACGGCAGACGGCGAGGAAGUAGUGCAGUGCGAGUACGCAUCGACCUGCUCAGAUCACGUGGUCGUCAUUUGUAAUUAUCCCGGCUACCUGGGCUGCUACCCUCACACCAGGACCAACCCUGCCCUGGACGAGGCCUCCUUCGCCUUCGCCAACAUGACCGUCCAGCUCUGCCUGUCGCUCUGCCGCCAGCGGGGCUACCCUCACGCCGGGGUGGCGUUCGGUCAGGAGUGCUACUGCGAGGCACAGGGAGUGGAUGGCCUGGCGUCCGAGAGACUCGGCAACGAGGAAUGCUUCUUACCCUGCGUGGGGGAUCCGCUGCAGAUCUGUGGCGGAGGGAAGGCGGUCGGGAUUUAUGAUAGUCGACUAGGAUCGUGCAAUAGCAUCUACACGGAUGUAGAGGGCGCUAUAGCCACGCCGGGUUUUCCCGACAAAUAUUCAAAUGACGAACAGUGCACGUGGACGGUCCGAGUUGAUAACGCGGCCAACAUCACGGUGCAGCUGAGGGCCGUGGUGCUGGCUCAGGGAGACAGGGUGGGCGUAGCCGCUCCUCAAGCCGCCGAACUCGUCGCCUUCACGGGAGGCGCGAACCCGUCCAACAUUGGCUUCGAGUCGACCAGCCACAUCCUGGAUGCACGGCUCGAGUUCACGUUUACCGGGGGCGAGGUCACGGUGACCUUCAACUCCACGCUGACGUCACUCGGAGCUCAGGGAGUCGUCAUAACGUUUUGGUCGUCGAUAGGGCCGCCUACAGAUCGAUCAAUGCAAAUAAAUAUGACACAGCCAGCCUCGACCGUGACGUCACACACAGUGCCCAAAACCACCACGGCGGGCCCAACCACCACCACCACUACCACCACCACCACUACCACCACCACCUCCCCAGAAUCGAUGACGUCACGAGCAUUGCCAACGACGUCAUCGUUCUCGCCCACGGUUGCAACUGACGACGACGACAACGCAACAACUGCAACAGCGGCGAUCGCUCCCAACACUGCCACCGUUGAUGGCGCACUACCCACCCCGAGAUCGGUUACCAUGGUGAAUGGAGGUGGUUCACGGGAAGCGCCAUCUAUUGCUGUUAUCGUAGCUAUCGCAGUUGGCAUUAUUCUGAUCCUGUUGCUGUUUCUGACUGUUGCGGUUCUGUUUACAACGAGUCACAAACACGAUCGCAAGAGGAACAGACGUCAUAACCACAACGUUCACGUGAACGCCGCCUACGCCAUGUCGAACGAUAACGACGGGCAGACGGACUCCGGCAUCUUCGACCCGGGCUACGAGAACGCGGACCUGGGAGAACCCAUCUACCUCUCCAUCCGCAAUGACCAUAGGGCUAGGGCCGACUUGAAGUCAGCCUACUACGGCGGCUCGGACCAAGAGCAGGACAGCGACCAUUCUUUGUCCCGAACUGCAAGUGUUAAGACCACCAAGACAGACGUAGACCACGAUUACCAGAGUGUAUAUAGGCUCUCGCGGAGUAAUACCGAGAGUUCGUAUAUCUCCAUUUACCCCGACAGCAAGAGGUCUACUUUCAUUGGCGGAAGGGUGUCACCGAUCCAGGGGUCAUCAGGCACUCAGUGUGAAGUGGCGGAGGACGGCUACAUGGUGCCGACGCCCAAGAACUCCACGCAAAUUCAACAGACGAAAUUAUGAAGAGUUUCGGACGAACAGCAGGGAAAAGAUGAUGAUAUCUUUGACGGUUAAGGACAAUUGUGAAGAUGAUCACAAUAUGAUGACCGAAACGUCAGUUCGAAUCCAAACUGUGCUCUUUUAAAAACGUACAUCUCGUGACAUAAUCGUGUGGGUAUGCAUACAGUGCGCAUUGCACUUGUUGACCCGUACCACGCCGAAAGAUACUGUAUGGGCUCCGUGCGCCAACAAAGAGGGCACCCUUUUACAUAGCAACGAUGUCCCAUGGGCGGGACAUUUAGUUGGUUGACGCGCACCGUUCCUUGUGUGUGACCACGUACAGUACACCAGAGGAUUUGUACUAACACGCAGUGGUACGGUAGCGCGUCGCGGCAAAAUUGCAGUCAGGGAAGAUGGCGUCGGUCGGUCGACCCCACCUGUACUUUCUUUGCCGGUGAGGGGGUACUUGUGAACGGAGCGGAUGUUAUUUUGGCAAACCUCAUUUCAGAGCCACAUUAUAAUAUUUCGUGAGAUGUCUGCAUAUUGUUUUCGAAUAGAAAGGCUGGCCCAUUUUUAAUUUUUUUUUAUUCUGUUUAAUUUUGUUUUAAUUUUUUUUUUUUAGAUGCUUUAGAACGUUAACUUAGCUAUGCAUACGCAAUCGGGAACGACACGUGCUGGCGAAAAUGUCCAUUUAAGAAGUGAACUUUAUUUUAGCUCAAUGUACUUUUCUUGAAAUAGCAAACGUUUGAAUUUUUAAAUUCCUUUUUAAUCGUACAAAUAGAUAAUUAGUGAUAAUAUUAAUGCAGGCAGGAACUGCAGGUAACGGUGAAAAAAAUUGUUAAGGUGAAAUUUCUAUUGUACAUUUUGUGUGUGAUGUACAUUAUAUUAAUGUAUGGACAU